AUGCUUGUCACCAAGAUCAUCUUCUGGGCCUUUGCCACUGCAACCGCCACUGCUCUCCUCACUGUCAAGGAUGUAGCCACCAAGUUCGGUAUCUCAGAGACCGACAUCAAAGAGAUACUCUCUGCCUCUGACGUCUCCUCCAUCAACGUCGACAAAUGGGCAGACUUCCUUGACGUCAGCCUCAAAGACAUCAAGUCCUGGCCCCAGUCUGACAAAGUCGCUGCUCUAAAGGGCGUCAAGAAGAACCUCAAGACUUACAUGGAGUCCGACGCCAGAGUUGAAAAGCGUCAGGAUAACCGCCAGAAGCUGCAACAGGAGAUUGAUGCCAAGAUUGCUCAAUAUCGCUCCGAGCAUGAGGCUGAUCAUCGACGUCGCCUGGCUGGUUGCCCUAGUGUUCGCUGCGGUGUCUGUGGUGCAGGCUUGACUGUUGCCUAUGUUGCUGCUCUUACUGCGUGCGGAGCUGCCGCUGCUACUGCGGAGGCUAUUUCCGCUGGCACUCUGACUCCUGCGGCUGUUGUUUCUCUUGGAGCUUGUGUCUCGGCUGCCCAUGCUACAUAUGUCGGUGGCUGGACCUUCUGUCUCGGCAUGAAGGAUUAG